AUGACCACCCCUCCAUCGCUCCUUCGCAGUCUCCUGAGGACAUCGUCCCUUGCCAGCCCGCGUGCUGACCGCAGCGAGGAGCAAACUUCUCCGCUCUCCCUCCGGGCAUCUCCAAGUUUCAGCGACUUUUCAUGCGGCAUCCAAGCCGACGCUGAAGAUGAGCCUGCGACUCCGAGCGCAGCGGGAUCCUUCUCGCCCCUCUCCAGGCACAGCAUGGAUAGCUCUGGCAGUCCGAGCAGUUUCACGCCCGGUUUCCUCGCGAGGAGGAGUAUGGACCUGCGGGCUGACCUGAAGUCCCUCUUCAGCAACGGAACGUCGCCCGGACCAGCGACAAUGAAGAGCAGCCCUUCCAUGCCAAUCCCCCCAGCACACCAGCACAACGACAGGGCUAAGCCUGCAGACCAGGCAGAACAGCGGAAGAGAUGUGCACGCCAGAAGAAGAUUGACGGCAUGGAGUUCUACGAGUGGGCUGAGCUCAUCCGCAGCUCUUCACUGUGA